AGCAAGCGCAGUCAGACUCAAAGGCUUCCACCAACCCAAGCUGCACUAAGUCAAGCAAUCUUAAGAACUCACUAUCAACUGCUGGUGUGGAAUAAUGACGAAGUCGCAAAUCCCACCCUUCCAUGCCCAGAAAAAUUUGGCAGGACGGCGGAUGAAAAUGGAUGGGUGCCUGUCAUGAAGAAACUACGUAUACCAGCCGCUCCAGACGCAAUUACUUACCUUGUAAAGUGCAAAUGCGCCAAGGAGAGAUGCUCAACAAACCGCUGCCGAUGUAGAAAAGCUGGGAUAAACUGCACCGAUUUAUGUCGUCGUUUAGACAGUGGGAAACUUUGUGAAAAUAUGCAUGACAUCGAAGGUGAUGAUGACGAUGGUUACGAUGAUGAUGAUGGUGAUGAUGAUGAUGAUGAUGAUGAUGACGAUGAAGCAAGGUCUGGAAGGGGUUUCAGUGAUCCGUGA